UUAGUUAAUACUGAUUUAAAGGAAUACACAAAUCAUAGACAUUUCUACUUAUAAGAAAUAUUUGGAAAUGGUCAAUCUCUUUAAAUCAGAAUUAAUUAAAUCAAUUUAAGUCUCUCGUGUACGCGUAAUCACAGAUAGUUGUAACAGUUGGCAAGGAAAAGCUGCGCGCGGCUACAAAGGCUUCAUUGGGCUUCACUUGACCGCAGCCAUAAGGAACAGGAAAGGCUUCAUUUGACUGCCGUACGUCGUGGAGUAGUGUUGAUUGCCAAAAAGUGACAACUGUCAGAGUGUAAACAUUUUUUAAUAAUCAUUCAUUUCGUCGUGAAGAAGUAAUUAAUUCGGUUAUGUUAAAACCAUCGAUGUCUCAUAGUAUCGUAUAUUACAGAGUCUAUUUAACGUGAACUGAUUGGGCGAUCUUCAUUAUGUUUGCUCAAAUAUUCUUAUCGAGGGUUAGAGUUCAAUAGAUAGUUUUUCUUUAAAUUGCUUCAAUGGACUCGGGACGUGAAAUAAUGUUUGCACCUUAAAUAGAAACGUAAUAAUUUAUAUCAAUGUGAAUGUUGCAUUAUAUGUGUACGAAAUAAGCUUAAAAUGCGGACUAGAAAAACACUUGCGGUUUUGGGAGCAGGUAUAAUACUCGCCUGCUGUGUUAUAAUUUAUUUGAUGCUGGAUUUGACACUGUUUCCUCCAGACCAUGAUGUUAGAAUUUCUAUCAAAGAUAAUCAGUGGCUACACUUUGAAAACAGGCUGUCUAAGUUAGAGCAAGAUUUAGAUGAACAUCAUAAAGCUAUGAAUGCUCUUCAAGAAGCACAAAUUAAGAGUGAAUUGGUUCCAAUGGCCUAUGUAAAAAACCAGCUAAAUAAAUCUUAUUCUAUGAGCUCAAACCGAGAGAAAAAGCAGCAUACUUGUAAUUUCAAUAUAGGAAAAAUACCUGAUGUUGAUAUUCAGAUGUUGGAUUUGUAUAAGCAGUUACCAUUUGACAACCCUGAUGGUGGUAUGUGGAAACAAGGAUGGAAAAUUACAUACAAUGAUAAAGAGUGGCAUCCCAAUAGAAAAUUGAAAGUUUUUGUUGUGCCCCAUUCUCAUAAUGAUCCAGGGUGGCUCAAUACCUUUGAGAGGUAUUAUGAAUUUCAAACAAGAAAUAUUCUAAAUAAUAUGGUCACAAAAUUGGCUGAGGACAGGAGACGAAAAUUCAUUUGGGCUGAAAUUUCAUUCUUCAAACUCUGGUGGGAAGAACAGUCUGGUUCUACUAGAGAUUUAGUCAAGCGAUUAGUCCAUGAUGGUCAACUGGAAAUUGUAACUGGUGGCUGGGUAAUGCCUGAUGAGGCUGUGUCACAUUGGAUAGCACAACUUACGCAGUUAACAGAAGGCCAUCAAUGGCUUAAAGCAAACUUAGAUUAUGUUCCAUAUUCAGGAUGGACAAUAGAUCCCUUUGGAUUAUCCCCUACAAUGCCUCAUCUCUUAAAAGGUGCUGGAUUAGAGAAUUUAUUAAUACAAAGAGUACAUUACUCUGUUAAAAAGAAACUUGCUAAGGAUAAGAAUCUUGAAUUCCGUUGGAGACAGCUGUGGGACAAUGAUGGUUCCACAGAACUAUUUACUCACAUGAUGCCGUUUUACAGUUACGAUGUGCCGCACACAUGUGGACCAGAUCCUAAAGUUUGCUGUCAAUUUGAUUUUUAUCGCCUUCCUAAUUUUGGUAUCACCUGCCCGUGGAGGGUAGCUCCACGUAGUAUAACACGAGCAAAUGUAGCGGAACGCGCUGAAUUAUUACUCGAUCAAUAUCGUAAAAAAUCCCAACUCUUUAAGACUGAUGUCGUGUUGGCACCUUUAGGAGAUGAUUUUCGUUAUGCGCACGUAACCGAAUGGGAUGCUCAAUAUGGAAAUUAUCAAAAGCUCUUUGAUUACAUGAAUAAUAAUGAGCAUAUGAAUGUUCAAAUUCAAUUUGGAACCCUUAGUGAUUAUUUUGAUGCAGUAAAAGAGAAGAAACAUAUUAAUGAAUUCCCAACAUUAUCGGGGGACUUCUUUACGUACGCCGAUAGAGACGAUCACUAUUGGAGUGGAUAUUUCACAUCCAGACCAUUUCACAAAAGAUUGGACCGUGUAUUACUAAGUUCUUUGAGAGCCUCAGAAUUAUUGUCAGCGAUAACGUGGGUUAAAGGAAAUGAUCAGUUAGCAGAAGGAAGUCUUGCAUCUCGAAUAACAGAAGCUCGAAGAUGGCAUGCACUAUUUCAACACCAUGAUGGAAUAACGGGAACAGCUCGAGAAAACGUAGUAAUAGAUUAUGCUCAAAAGAUGAUAACAGCUUUGAAUCAUACUGCUCACGUACUCCAGCAAUCAAUAUCCCACUUAUUAAAAAGUCCACAAGGGUCUGCUGUUAAUCUGGAAUCUAUCUACUUUUCAUUAGAUGAAACUAGAUCACAUCAUACCAGCGUUGGAGAUAAAUAUGUCCUAACGCUUGGGGACGAAACUACAUCAAGAAAAGUUAUAUUGUAUAAUUCGUUACCAAGAAAAAGAACGAAGGUCCAAACCUUAAUUGUAUCUACUCCAUACGUAAGAGUAACAGAUCGUAUGGGUCAUCCAGUUAAAUGUCAAGUGUCACCUAUAUGGGUUGGACCUGCUGCAUUAACAGGAACAAGAUACGAACUCUCAUUUCUAGUCAGUGUACCUGGUUUUGGUCUUACCACGUACUUAAUUCAUACUCUUCACGGCACUUCUAUACCGCCGGAUGUGCACUUCGCUAACGUAACAAUUUUUAACACUGCGAUAUCACCUUCCAUAACCGGGUUCAAACAUAUCCAAGUAUUACCCUCGACCCAGGAGUUUUCUAUCACACAACGACCUGAGUUAUCAGCAGCAUUUGGCAAGUCCGGAUUACUGAAGGCCUUACGUGUCAGCGACACUACUUUCCCUGUUCACUUGGAAUUUGUGAAGUAUGGGACUAGAAGCUCUACUCAGGACAAGAGUGGUGCUUAUCUCUUUCUACCUAAUAAGCCAGAGCCAGAUUUAGCUUUUGUAGACGAUGAUCGAAUAAUUCAUUUAACGACUGGCCCUAUUUUAUCGAGGGUCUUCGUUGAACUGCUGCACGUACGUCAUACGUGCACUUUGUUUAAUUCGCCCGGUAGCGAUGGCCUCGGUUUACAUAUACUUAAUGAAGUUGAUAUCACUGAAACGCAAAACUAUGAGUUAGCAAUGAGGCUUGAUACGAACAUUGCAUCCGGUGAUCAAUUUUUUACGGAUCUAAAUGGACUGAACAUGAUUAGGCGUCAGAGAUUUACAAAGUUGCCUACACAAGGGAACUACUAUCCCUUAGCUGCUGCAGGAUAUAUUGAAGAUAAACAAGUCAGAUUAACUGUAGCAACAGCACAGCCUUUGGGUACUGCUUCUAUGGCUUCCGGUCAAAUUGAAAUCAUGCAAGAUCGAAAACUUGUUCAAGAUGAUAACAGAGGACUGGGACAAGGCGUCACGGAUAAUUUGUUGACUAAUCAUCUGUUCAUGUUGGUUUUGGAGAAAAAGAGAGACACUUGCCAGAAGCCAAGUCCUGUAGCAGACAACCCUGCUGGAUUGUUAUCUUUGAGUGGGCAUUUAGCAUCCGAAGAAUUACUACAUCCAGUAAUAGCAGUACACCCAACUACUACUCUGCCGUUUGAACUCAAUGGUAUAUUCUCACCGCUUCGCUUUGAUCUGCCCGUUGAUCUGAGUGUAACAAGUCUCCGAGUGUUUCCUGUACCGGAAGGUGCUGGUAAAGGUCUAGGCAUGGUUUUGCAUCGCCAAGCGAUUGACAUUUGUUGGGGGGAUAACUCAAUUUUGGCACGAUUCAACGUUUCCGAUGCAGGAGAAAUUGACUUGACUAAGUUCCUUAAUUAUAUGGAAGACUGGACGAUUAGCGAAGCUCCACUAACAUUUCAUAAUGUUGGACCAUCUCUAAAAUCUCCCAUAGUGAAUUUAUGUCCACACCAAUUAUUGCCGAUCUUGUUUCAUAAAACGCAAUCUUAACCAUAACUGGUUCGCUACUCUGGGCGUUUCACGAAGCUCCACGUGGGGUAUUUGAAAACUUCACGCUAUUUUUGGCUCCUACUUUGCUGCUAAUCAUUUGUUUUUGAUUGGUUAGUAUAUAAAUCUAAAGACCAAAAUCUGAGAAAAAUAUUUAUCAUGAAAGCAAUUUGAAAUUUCUUGUCGUUUUCGAUGAGAACAUUGUAGAAACAAUUUAGUAGGGCAUGGUAUUUGGUCAAUUUCAUUCUUUUCAAAAUUCACUAGGAUUUCUGGUAUCCCACGUGGACCAGCUAAGGAUUAAGAUGAUUCCACAAUUUCAAUUGAUGUGUAUAAAUAAUUUUAUUGUUCCAUCUUUCGGCAUUACAAGGAAUUUUCUAUUAACCUUAUGUUAUUCUUUCACUUAUUCUAUUAUCCUUGUUCUAAAUUAUUUCUCUCCUAUAGAUUUUAUGCCCGUUUCUCCGUUUCGCCUAUCCUUUUUAGUCUCAAUUUACCAAUCUGCUUCAUUAUCAUUCAGAAUGUCCUCACCCUUUGCUUAUUUUUGCUUUUCUAUCUCAUAUUCUCAUAAAUUUAUGCACUAAAACAUGGAUCAUUUCAUUUCCUCGUUUCUCUCACUGUUUCAAUGCUGUUCCCUAUUACUGCUUUUUCUUUCUCAUUUUUUGAAUAUUCUAUGUAUUUUCUGUAAAUUUCUCUAGCGCGGCACUCUUUCAUGUUCUUAUAUGCUAUUAUCAUUUGUUUCAUCUCCUCUUUUAAUCCCUGCCCUACGGGAGCGUCGACUGAAUAUCGAUUAUGAAGUACGCUAGAAGUGAAGUUAUUACCAAAAUGAGUUAUGCCUGCUAAAGCUAGUGUUAUUAGUAUCUACAAGUCAUCGCAUGGACGCCGGUCAAAGCUGACGUUAGGAGCGAAAGAGUUAACAUCCGUAGUAACAUGUCAUUUGCAUAAACUAAGUUUAGGUUGCAUUGCUAUGACACAUCAGAUUUGCUGUACACAGAUUGAAGAGAUCAAUUAUAAAAUCUGGUCUAACUGCAAUAUAUCGACCAUUCGAAUUUUUAAAUUAUACUGAAAUCAGCAUCGUUGAAACACAAUUUAUAGAAUUGGCCCAGUAGAAGUUAUAAAAAUACUGAACAUGGUCUCUCAGUCGACCGGCCCUCGGCAUAAAUUUUGCUUGCUGAGGAUAACGUAGCCCAGAUUUUCCGCCACUGGUGGACUGGUGUUAUCCAAUUUGUAUCUGUAACAAUAUCAAACAGUACGCCAAUUUAGUGGUGGAAAUAUAUGUAAGAUAAAAUUGAAAUUGGGUCACGAUACUUAUGAUGGUUAUCAAAUCAGCACGUGAUAAUGAAAUAAUGUGAUUUACGAUUUUUUUAAUAGUGAGCAUUUUUAAUGUUUUAGAAUAACUAUGUACAUAAUAUAGAGAUCAUACUGAUACAAAACACAUGCGUACAAUCAUAAUACUCAAAUCAAAUGAUGACGAAGAAAGAAAAAGAUUGUAUAGCUAUAUAGAUUGUAACUUAUAAAAAUAAUUGUGAUUUUUACCCAAGAGCAUGGAAGAAUGGUAUGGCUAGUGCAUUGUGCUUGAACACAGUUAACAUAACUUUCUGCAUUAAAGUUUGAAAAGCCAUUGACUCUAAUGCCUGCAUUAUAAAACGACCGAGUCCUUUACGCCUGGCAGAUGGUUCAAGUUGCAACUCGUAGCUAUACACACAAAGAAAUUAAUAAAGGAUCUGGUUCAUAUGAUUAUGUA